AUGCAUCGAAGAAAGAGGACGAGGACGACGACAAGGCGGGCGUGGGGAUACGAGUGCACCUUCUGCAAGCGCGGCUUCACCAACGCGCAAGCCCUAGGCGGCCACAUGAACAUCCACAGGAAAGACAAGGCUAAGGCCAAGGCCAACCACAAGAAUCAAUCACUCGAUAUGUGGAAAGAGAAUCACUUGAAUUCGAGGUUUGUAUCAGUGAAUGAUCAUCACCAGCAAAUGUUAAGAUAUCAGAUGUGCUUGCCCUCAUCAAACCCUAGUUUCCAAAUUGGGAAUUACUUGCCUUUCCAUCGUUUCAGAGAAGGAGGGGUCGAGAAUGAAGUGGAUUUGGAGCUCCGCCUCGGCCUCGGCCACGACCCCUGA